AGCUUAACCAUCGUUUUUCAGCCUACUAAAGCCUGUGAUGUGUACAUGCUUAUGCCGGGUAGACCCGUAAGUUAGAAUGCGCUCGGUAAACGUCAGCGUAGUAACCAAGGCAGCUCGAGCAUAAACAGCCAACCAGGAUUACAAGUUAUAGAUGAACAUGGCUUUGAAGGACUUAGUGUUGCUGGGGGGUGGACACUCCCACAUUGAAGUCCUGAGGGUGUUCGGUCUCCAUCGGCAGCAGCGUCGGCUGCAACACCACACCCAUCGCCCCAGCGUCCCCUUACAACGUGCCCCAGGUCAUACUGCCAAACCACCGCAAGGCUCAGACCCUGAGGUCAUCAAGACCAUCCUUAGCCCAGAAGCAGAUGCCGUACAGCUGACGGUAAUUAGCCGUGGAGGCCGUUACACGCCGUACAGUGGAAUGCUGCCGGGUUGGGCUUCCGGAUUCUAUUCGUACAGGGACUGCCACAUCGAUUUGAACCGGUUGGCUUCGUACUCGGGAGCUCGACUGGUAACGGCCGAGGCAACUGGUCUUGACCUUCAGGCUCGACAAGUCCUUUUUUCCGAUGGUCGGCCACCUCUGCCGUACAAUGUGUUAUCGGUGGAUAUCGGCAUUACCCCCGGGGGGUUGGAGGGUGUUCCGGGAGCUUCAGAGCACACCACGCCCGUCAAACCCAUAGACGGGUUUGUACGACAAUACGAGCGGUUAAUCGAGCGCUACAAGCAAGCGAUGGUAGCGAGAGCUGCUAAUACUGCUGCUGCUAAUGCUGCUGUGACCCCAACAAUAAUAGCAGGAAAAGCUACAAACGGAGCUGCAGCAACAACAAUAACAGCAACAGAAGCUCCCCGAGAAGGAAGAACAAUAACAGCAACGAGAACACCAACCACAGCAGCAGCGGCAGCAACACCAGCGGAAGCAUCUGCAGCGGUGUUGCGUGUUUGCGUUGUGGGAGGUGGAGCGGGGGGUGUGGAGUUGGCGGCCGCCGUACGGUACCGCUUAGAGGAGGAGCGUCGGAAGGGCGGUUGGCCCCAGGAGUACGGCGCGGUGACCGUUAGCCUGAUAUGCCGCGGGGGCCUGCUGCCCGGCCACCCACCCCACGUGCGGAGGCUGGUGGGCAGGCUGCUGGCUGAGCGAGGGGUGGAGGUGAUGGCGGGGAGCGAGGUGGUGGGUGUUGCCCCGGGCGGGGGUCAGCUGCUGUUGCGGGGCGGCGGGGCGGUGCCGUACGACGAGUGCCUCUGGUGUACGGCGGCGAGCCCUGCUAGGUGGCUGAGGGAGACACCCGGCCUGCCUACAGACGCGCAGGGCUUUGUGGUCAUCAACGAGUGCCUGCAGUGUGAUGGAGGUCCCCCGGAGGUAUUCGCUGCGGGUGACGUGGCGAGCAGUACGGCACACCCGCGACCCAAAGCCGGCGUGUUUGCCGUACGACAGGGCCCUCCCCUGACGGCCAACCUUCGGGCGUUCCUGUCGGGCCGGCCGCUGCAACCCUUCAUUCCCCAGCGUACGGCAAUGGCCCUGAUCUCCCUUGGCGACCGCUUUUGUGUCGUUAGCCGAACCGGCGGGCACGACGUUAACAACGGUGGUCGCGACGGCAACGGUAACGGUCAGGGCGACGAUAACGGCCUCGAUGAGGGCAACGGUCCCGAGUGGUUGGUGGGUUGGUUGCUCAACGGUUUUGGAGGUGCGGCCAUCGGCUUCACCGGGCCGCUGCUUUGGCGCUGGAAGGAUGCCAUUGACCGGGCGUUUAUGCGUAGGUACGGAGAGGCUUUGGGGGAGGUGGACGAGGAGGAGGGUGGUCAGCAAUACACUACAAUGCUGUGAAGUUGAAGAUGGGUACUUCGGACGCAAUCUGGUAGCGUGUGCGGCCCUAAUGCUUUAAUGUUUAUCCGCGGGGAAUUAAUGACGAGAGCGAUGAGCGGUCAGCUGGAAGAUGCCUUGCCCGAAUACAAGGAUGGCGGACGCAGGGAGUGUUUCCGGCCAGUUGAAGGUUUAAGGAUGGGCCUCUAGUCCUGCCUUUCCGCGAUCCUCAACGGUCAGCACGUUGCAGAUGGGAGGGCUGGUUUACGUCCUAAUUCCGUGCAGCAAGCCGCUGACGAUGUUGCUAUUGUACACCUAUACGUCCAAGGCUUGAGUACGGCAUACGUCUGUGAGAUGAGGGAAGUGUGUUUGUUGACGUUUGCUAUUCUUGUAUGUACGGAAUGGUAGUCAGGCCAUCUAGCGUAAAGCGCUGGAAGGCAACCUUCAUGCCAGUAAACACGCGUAACUUAAGUGGCUAAACUUGUGUUUGGCUUUGACUGUAGUUUCAGAGCAGCUUGUGGCCUUCGAGCAGUCCUCAUGCCAUCCGCACUAUUUGCAAACUAUGGCUUCAGCCCGUAGGGAAGGCUAUUUCGGAAUGGACUGGAGAGUCUUGGAGAUUCUUCGCGUUCUGGAUGAGGGAACAUACGGCAUAGUAUUAGCAGUAAGACACCGCCUUACCGGAGAGCUGUUCGCUGUGAAAGCCGGGAAGAACGUCACGGCGAAUGGCAAGGUACCGUAUCAUACAAUACAGGAGCUAAAGGUCUUGCGAAGGCUCCCGCCGCACCCCAACAUCGUCCGAUUAGCUGAUGUAUUCUGGGCGGAAGAAGGGCGCAUGUAUCUGGCCUUUGAGUUUGCAUACGGAGGUCUUCACAAGGAGCUCGAGCGCUUUCCAGGGCAUAUACUGCCGCCUGCCGUACUUCGAACCGUUGCCCGGCAGUUACUGCAAGCGGUGGCACACUGCCAUGACCACAAGAUCAUCCAUCGAGACAUCAAGCCAGCAAACGUACUCCUCUCCCGUCCUCUUCCAACAGCAGCACCAACAACAACGACAGUGGUUGGUUCGGGAACAACUGUCGCUUGUACGGCGACGCCGGUUGGUAUGGUAACCGCGACAGCAACAACAUCCUUGGCCCCCUUGUCCUCCAUUUCCUCCUCCUCGCCUUCCUCCUCUCCCGCUCUUCCUUCCCCCUCUCCCUCCGCGCCUCCUCCUUCCGCCACCGCGCCCUCCCUGGGCAACUGCUCCUCUGCGCCGCUUCAACCGCCACAAGUCGUUGUCAAGCUGUGCGAUUUCGGGUUCGCUCGUGCCGUCCAAUCUUCUGAUCCAAAGUACGGCGAACGGCAUUCGCCGUACGUCGUGACCCGGUACUACCGUGCGCCAGAGGUGUUGGUUGGCGGCUCGUACGGCGCUUCGGUUGACAUCUGGUCAUACGGUUGCACACUGGCCGAGCUGGCAAUAGGCAGGCCGCUGUUCCCAGGCAGAUCCAGUCUAGACCAGCUGCACCGCAUCAUGAGCUGCCUGGGACCCCUGCCGCCGCAGCAGCUGGAGGCUCUCCGCUGCGACCUGCAACUCGUGCCUCUGGAGCAGUACCAACUCCACUUGGAGCAGCAGCAGCGGCAACAGGAGGAGAGGGGGCAGCAGCAGCAAAAGCAGCAGUGGUGGCGGUUGCUUCAACAACAGGGCAGGAAGGGCGAGCGGCAGCAGCAACACCAACAGCGACGGCAGCAGCAGUCGGUCUCUAUCCAAGGCGCUUCCCUGCCGCCCGGCCUUCCAGUGCGGUGUGAGAGGCUGGAGAGCUCGCUGGCGGGAAUGGACUCGGAGCUGUUCCAAGUCAUAUCCGCAUGCCUAACUUUGGAUCCAGGCCAACGACCAACCGCACAACAGUUGCUACAGAUGCCGUACUUCCAACCUGCACCAACUACCAUGCCAGCGAGUACGAUGGCAACGGCCGCAAGGCCCAACGAAAUUUGUGUUGCACUGGGAUGCGACAGCAGCAGCAGCGCUUCUCUUGGCAGCAACGACAGCCCAGUUGGUAGGCAUGUUCGUACCACGGCAACUGGUACGGGCAUUCGCACUUGCCGUAUGCCACGGGCGCGGUCGGCUAGGACGUACGGAUAUUACGAGGAGCAGGCUGGCACAGUUGCCGGCAAUAAAAACAGCAACGGUGCCACUAACGGCAACGGUCUGGGUAACGGCAGCCGGAGCAACGCUGGCAUCAACAACGGUUGUGCCGCCGUCCGGCGAGAAACAUGGGCUGUCACUAUUCCCGCCGCAUCCACCGCUUCCACAACCACCAAUGCCUUCGGCAGCAAACCCACCGUGACCACACCUACCACCACUUACACCACCACUGCCGGGACCAACGGAACCCCUGCCGCAGCCACCGUUAGCGCGGCCCGCAGUGGCGGAGGGGACGGCGCCGUCGCCGCCAGUGACGCUGACGCCGCCGAAGCAGCCGUUUCAGUUGACACCGCCGCCGCCACAGCCAUUGGCAUGCCAGGCGAGCAACCUGCAACCAGCAGCGUCGGCGUUCGCAGUGUCGAUGCAGCUGUUGAUGGUUUUGCUGGUGCUGCUUCGGCUAGCGCGCACCUUUCGUUGCAACAACAACAACAACAACAACAACAACCGCAACUGCGACCGGAAGUGCAAGUACAGCUGCAGACCCCGUCAAAACCGCGAGCGUUAGGACCGUUGCUGCUGGCCGCCUCAGCCUCAUUGUCGACCUCAUCAUCAGCGGUCUUCUCCGCCGCAACUGCUACUACCGCCUCCGCAGUUGCUCCUCUUUAUGCAACCGCCUCAACCGUUGCAGCCAGGACGAGCUGUAGCAGUGCCGUACAGUUGAUGAGAUCCGCGGCGGCGAGUGCCAUGUGGGCGUUUCCCAGCAACGACAAUAUCGUUGGCGGUUAUGACGACGGUUGCAGUAAUUGCGAUGCAAGCGCUCGCGAGGGAACUGAGAACGGUACCGGCGGUUGCAGCGACCCUAUUGUGGAUGGCACCACGGGCAUUGGUUCAACCGCUGUCCCCCUGACCGCCGCUCGGAAACGCAACCCUCUCAGCCUCCUGUACGGCUGGGGUGGCAGCAGCAGCAAUGGCUACAACGCUGGCAGCGGGGACAGGGGCUGUGGCGAGAGCGGUGAUGUCAGUGCCUGGAGUAGCAGUAGACCCCCACUUGCCAGCAACACCACCGCCGCCAGCAACGCUGUGGACUGUCAUGCUGCCCUACAGCCCUCAUCGGUGGCUGCUGCUGCUACUGCUGCUGCUAUUGCCACUGUUCCCGUUGCCUCCACUGCAGUGAAGGCAGCCGCCACGGGCAACGACCUGGUCCGUGCUCCUCGCAGCACCAACAGCAGCAGUAGCAGCGCUGAAACCGCUGCCAGCGGUGUUACACUUUCUGUAAGCGGCGGUCGCGGGCUUCAGAGGCCUUCUAAGGCAUCCGCCGCUGCAUCAUCUGGCUGGCAUCUGAAGCUCAUGCGUUCCUUGCGAAGGAAUCGUUCCGUGUUGAGCAAAGGCGUGACAAAGCUUUUAACAUCUUGCAGCAACCCGUGGCCGGUGCAGCCCACGCAGCCGAGCAGCAAGUUGAGCCCAUCCUGAGGUCUGGAAAGUAAGCCUGCUGAUGUUAUUGGCAUUUUACGGACCCAUGGGUCACUUGCUCAGUGGAGAGUAAAUUUGACGUGAUUUUACUAGGUUGUGCGUUAGAGAGUUGUCUUUAACCUGAUGAACGUGCGCAUGUAUCCAUACCAACCAGGUGGCAGGGCGAUAACAAAUCUAAAGAUCAUAUGGGUUGUCCUGAUGGGCCAAGCAUCUUGCUAAAUAUUUCUUGGAGGUGUCUAGUAGUCGCAGUGCGAUGCAAUAACAGCGUGCAGGGGAUUUGCGUAGGCAGGGUGCUGUCUGGGGCUGCUGCUGCAUGGGAGGUGUCGCUUGGGAUUUAUCGUUGACCUCGGGCCACGGCAUGUUGGAUGGCUGUAGCGUCAAGCAUGCAGGAGGUUUCCAUGCGUUGGCCUAAAACCUACCGCUGAGAAGUGAGAACGGUGCCUGUUGCGAGCACACGCGUGCACAUCAUCAGCAACCUAGUCAUUUCGUUUAUUGUGGUUCCUCAUCAUCAACAGUGUUACCGUAACGCGUUCGGUCAUUGCAUUUUUUGGUGUCCGCUCAUCGCCAAUCCAGACAUCGACAAGGCCCAAAAACUAGUGGACUUCUCAAAGGUGGUAGACCAGGUCUUCUUGCCAAACGGUGCCUGACUGGCUGGCAAUAGCUCAUUAGCUCCUGCUGCUGACUCGGUUGGCCGUUCUUGUGCUGUUAGUUACCAUCGCUGUCGUUGGCUCACGAAACACACACAUGAAGAUUGUUAUCGUUUGGGGCUGACGUUAUGAAACAAAACGCGUCUUAGUGCAUCUGUUGCUGUAGGCGUUGUAUGGCAUGGCGGUUGCUAACGAACAUUGCCGGUUCGUCAAGCGAUGACGGUUGCACGCGUCGACAGGUUUUUCGGUUUUGCGCCGGCGUCUCCCUGCCAUCCUGCCUGCCGGCUUGCUGCCUGCUUGAUUGUGACGUCGUUGUGCAUGUUUGUUGUUGCUGGAACGCGUUUGAGUGUUCGCUGUUAUUCUAUUGUUCGCUGCUUCGUUGUUUGUAUGGCUAGGUUCCUCUUCCUGAUGAGGCUCUGAUUUGCGCCCUUACUCCAUGUUAUACCUCAUCCUUCGUGUCAACCCCGCCGCUAUACCGGUAUAUGGUAUGCUGGCAGCUGCUGGUGGCCGUAGGUGCCGCUUACUCAUCAGCUGCCGUGUUGCUGCUAUUGACAGAGUGGAUGCAACAUGUCACGUUAGAAUGGACGGAAGGCGUUGAGAGGAAGGUAGUUGGAAACAAGAGUGGAGGACGAAAUGGAGGAGGUGGGGACGUCAAGGGAGGAAAGCGCGCGACACGACGAGAACGGGGAAGGGAAGAGAUGCCGGGAGAGAAGGGCAAGUGGACACAGAGAGUAAUAAGGAGGCAAGGUAACGUAGACGACAUGCAAGCUGGAGACGUGGAGUGACCAAUGUUUCAUCAUAUCGCUGCUCGGCGUGCUUGGCAAUACAUUUCCUGCUCACGCACGAGGAUAAUCAUAGCUGCAGGAAUUACGCCUGUAAUUAGGCUUUAGGUUGCAUGUGCUUUCGUCAUGGCGGCUGCAUGCUUUUAUUCCGCGCACGUUGCUUGGGGUCUACCUGAAGUUCAUGGUCAUCUGGCUGUACAAGUCGGUUUAUCACACACGACACACCUGCUGCUGUUACGUUUAAAACAUAUUGGCGGUAGGAGUGCAAUAAUGCCUCCACGGCAAGCCCAGGCGUUUCUGCACGCGAAAAUCGUGAAUUAUGGCAUCUUCAAGUGCAUGGUGUCUUCGUACCUGCAUGCUAUAUACACGGAUGCACCAAGUGCUGGACGUAAUGCCAAUAAAGUACAGCGGCCUUUAAUUGGAGAAUAUGCCUGGCGUGAGGAAAAUUGAGGGAUGUGCGCCGUACAUGUUUGAACAUGCGUGUUUUCCUCCUUGAACAUGUCCGUGUUGUCCUGCUUAGGUGCGCGGAUGACUGCGUGUGUCGUACAGUUUACGUGAGGGCCGUACUUCACAGCCUGACGGACAUCGACUGAUGAACGUACAAUUGCUGACGGAGUAUUGCUGUUGCCCUAGACCACCACCUAUCUUUCUUGCAUCAUUGUCAUAUUAUUGUUUGUUUGCGUUAUUGUACGUGCAUGGCGGUAGGUUGAACGUCAAACGUCGUAACUUUAACUUUGGAAGAGUGGAAGAGUCGGAUACUGUCACGGCAUUAUUGCCCAACUGCCUUACACCAGCAGCACCGCCGCGUCUUGUGCCUCGGAUGUACG